AUGGGAAAUUGUCUGUUCGGAGGUCUAGGAGACGGCGAGGGAGGAGGAGCGAUUAGGGUCAUAACCUCCACCGGCGCCAUCCUCGAAUUCCACUUGCCGAUAACGGCAGGCUGUCUCGCCGCCGAGUUUCCCGGUCACGCAAUCUUCCCAUCGCACGAUCUCUUCUGGACCCCGCUCUCCCACGACGACCAGCUCCGCCGAGGAAACUCCUACUACCUCCUCCCACUCACGGCGGCGCCCAAUUCCAAAUUACCAUCUGCUAACAGGGGACCGUCAUCGGCGGCGUCGCUGUCAUCCGUGAAAGAAGGCCACGUUAGGUCGAAGAGCUCCCCUUCCUCUCUCGCCGGCCUCACGCCCUACCGGAUGUCGUUGGACUCCAACUACAAGCAGCAGCAGCAGCAGCAGGGUGCGCUGAAGAGGUCCUAUACAGAGGCGUUUUCGCUGACCUCCUCUGUUUCCGGUAGGACCGGCGGCGGCGGAGGGAAGGUUCAGAAUCAGGAGGCGGGGUUCUGGAAAGUGAAGCUGGUGAUUAGCCCGGACCAGCUGCUGCAGAUUCUGUCUCAGGAGGCUUCUACUCACGAUUUGGUCCAUAACGUCAGCGCCGUGGCCAAGUGUGGUGGCAGUAGUGGCUACUCGACGCUGACUUCUAACGCUUGCUCUGCGGCGGUGUCGUCGUCGUCGGCGUCGUCUUCUGCUUCGUCGGUUGUUGGGUUUUCUGAUGACUGGAUCGCUACUGCUGCUACUACUAUGUCUACAGGUACCAGCAGAAAUGGUUCCGCCAAGAAGGAUCGUCAUAGCAUGGUUGAUCUUGCAGUUGCUUCUAACUAA